AUGGAAAAUAAAAUAGAAUUAUCAGAAGCAACCCUUGAUUCUACAUCUAUGAAUCGUUCAAUCGAAUAUUCUCAAGUCUUACAACUAUCUGAUCCAUUAUCAUCAUCAUCUUCAUCAUCAGCAUCAUCAUCAUCAUCGUCAACAACGUUUUAUACAAAUCCAGUAUUAUGGACAAUAGAUCAAGUUGAAGAAUGGCUUAAAGCUAAUAAUUUCGAUGAUUGUGUAGAUAUUUUAUGUCAUCAAUCUCAUAUUGAUGGAAAACGUCUAGUAAAGUUAAACCAAAAUGAAGUAUUAUCAUUGACAAAUAAUAAACAAUUAUGGUUAAAAAUAAAAAGUUUGAAACCAAAAUCAGAACAAUCCAUGGUAAUUCAACUCGAGCCGCCAAAUACCAAUUGUCAACGAUAUACAUCAUCCAAUGAAAUCGAAGAUCAACCGUUCACACAUUGUUGUUUCGUUACUUCAAUACGUUCAGAUAGAAAAAAGACUCUAUUAGCAUUUCUUCUUGCAUUCAUGACAAUAUUGUUUUCUUCAUUUAUUAUAACUAUUGUUGAUGAACGUAUACCUGAUCCUAAAAGAUUUCCGCCAUUACCUGAUCUUAUACUUGAUAAUAUUCAACCAAUAUCAUGGGCAUUUGCUGUAACAGAAAAAUUAAUUUUAAUUGAAAUGACAACACUUAUUAUUGUUAUACUUGCUCAUCGGCAUAGAAUGAUUAUUCUUCGUCGACUAUUUACUAUCACAGCGUCACUCUAUUUUCUUCGAAGUAUUACGAUGGUUUUAACAUCAUUACCGGUGGCAACAACCGAUACUGAUUGUGAACCAAAGAAAUUAAUUAAUUUUGAAGCUCGAUUAAAAAAAGCAACUAUGAUUUUUCUUGGUCAAGGUUUAUCAUCAUUUGGUGUCAAAACAUGUGGUGAUUAUUUAUACAGUGGUCAUACGUGUACUCUUGUGCUUGCAGCACAUUUUAUUAGUGAAUAUACUCCACGUUCGUGUCAAUUAUUACAUUAUCUCAGUUGGAUGUCCGCAUUGGUUGGCAUGCUUGGCAUACUGGCUGGCCAUCAACAUUAUUCUAUUGAUAUUAUUAUUGCUUGGGUGCUCAGUUCUCGUCUAUUCAUCUACUAUCAUACUAUGGCUAACAAUCGAACAUUUUUACAAACAAAUACUAGUAGAAUGUGGUUCUGGUUUCCAUUGUUUUCCUAUUUUGAAGAGAAUGUCAAAACUGCAAUACCGAAUGAAUAUUGUUUACCUAAUUUCGUUUAUGAAUCACGUGCAAUGAUAAAUAAUUGGAUGGAAUCAAUACGAUAUUCAGUUUAUUGGGUUAUUCUAUUUCUAUUUAUUGUUAUAACGUACAGUUUUUCGUUCUCGAAAAAGAUGAAUUUUUCGUCAAUAAUUGAAAGAUAA